GGAGGAGGACCAGGGGAGGAGGACUCGGACUCGGACUGUGGGCGCUCGGGGUGAACUGGCUCGCAUCACAACUUCCACAGAAUAUUUAUACUGUAUCUGAACAUGUGGAAAUGAUCAGCUUUGGUUUGUUUUCAUACUUCAAAUGAGCACAUAAGUAGUUAUUUAGGUAUUAUAUUGAGACGAUGUUAAACUGUAAGUUUAUUGGCUCCCACCCCUCAGUCAGAGGACUCAGCCAGUUGAGUUGUUGGCCGCCAUCUGUUGACCUCCUGCGUGAUUUUCACUCCCAGAGGCGAUUUUGGUUUUAUAAGUGAACCUCAGGAGACUUUCGGUGCCUAUAAAAUAUUCUUAUGUUUGUUAAUGAGCAAAAUUGUGCCGUUUCAGUGCUAUGGAGCUGUUAGAAAUGGAGGCAGAGAGCAGCUAUGGUUGUUAAUAAUUUUCUUAGUUCAUCAACUCAGCUUCAGCUCUAAUAUUUGGACUUUACUGUGCUCUUCAACAACAGACAGAAAGAGAAGUCAUUAGUUAGCAGCUAGAUGAAAUAUGGAUUUGGUAGCCCAUCAGUCUGAUGGGAAACAUGGUUAAAGUAAGUAAUGAUGGAAAAUGUAUCCGUACUGGUUGGGUAUCUGAACUUGUUCUGAGGGCUGUUCUCUUACUCUGUGCUCAGAAACAUUGAUCUGAAGUCCAGUUCUUAGGCUCUUCUGUAAAGAGUUUUCUAAUAAGCAAUAAAUACUGCAACUUCUGAUCAACACAGCAGUUUCAGGCUGAUGUUAACAACUUCUGCUUAGCUCCGCCCAGUUCCUGCUUUGGCACCACCCACUUCCCACACCCAGUCCAAGAAUGCAGAUACAGAUAAUCUCAUGUCAAAAUGACAGCUGCACAAUGAGCUAACAGUUUGCAGAGCAGUUUGCAGAGAUGGACCAACGGGCCAAAAAUAAAUCAUCUGACGACUGAGCUCACAGUUAGUGGAAGGCUGACCUUCUGCACUGAACAAGAGACAAAAGAUCUUCCUCAGAAUCCGUCAGCUCCCCUCCCUCCAUCCCCAGCAGUCAAACAAACACUGUUCCACUGAAGAAUCUGCAGAAAUCGACCACAACGUCUGUUCUCAUUGGCCAAUUGCGACACCAGGGGUCAGUUUGACGGCAGGGGACGCAGUGCCAAGCUGGUUUUCUUGCUGGGUCUGGAUCCUCACACUCUGGGACUGAGUCAGCGAGUAGUUCAGAUCGAUGGGAGGGGUGGACGGCUGGGAGGGGUCUCGCUCAGGAACAAGCCUGCACCUCCUUACAUGGCUGCAGGACUCGUGUGUUCAGUGUGCAGAGGACGCAGAGCAGCAGGUCUGACCUUCAGACUCUCUGAGCCUCCUGCUGAAGUGUCUCUGAGCGAGACGAAGCUCCAUCUGAAUCUGAAUCUGCACCAGGAAACCCUAGAGCCAUUCCAGUAUGGAGGGGAGGCGGGGUCUUCUCCUCAACCUCAUCAUGGCAGCGUGUUUCUAUAGCAGCGCUGCUCAAAAGACAGUCUGCACUCAAGAGGCUGUGGCCGAUAUUGUCUUCAUGGUCGACGGGUCGUGGAGUAUUGGUGCUGAGAACUUCGAUCAGAUCCGUCAGUUUCUGUACACGCUGGUCAACAGCUUUGACGUUGGGCCCGACCACGUUCGCAUUGGACUGGUCCAGUACAGUACCGCUCCACGCACCGAGUUCAUGCUCAACACCCACCCGAACAAGAAAGACAUCCUCCAGCACAUCAGCACCUUGCCUUACAUGGGGGGCGGCACCCAGACCGGGCUUGGCUUGGAUUUCAUGCUGAAUGAGCACUUUGUGGAGGCAGCUGGAAGUCGGGCCGGCCAGAAUGUGCCGCAGAUCGCUGUGGUGAUCACCGAUGGAAAAUCCCAAGACGAUGUGGAAUCCCAUGCCCAGAAUCUGAAGAGAAAGGGAAUUGUUUUGUAUGCAAUUGGUAUCAAAGAUGCAGAUGAGGACCAGCUGAAAGAGAUAGCAAAUGAGCCACACAGUCAGCAUGUCUACAGUGUGUCUGAUUUUGCAGCACUGCAGGGAAUUUCUCAGAACAUCGUCCAGACACUUUGCACAACUGUAGAGGAAGCCAAACGACAACUUCUGCAAUUGUCUCAAGAAUGUGCCAAAGCCACUGUGGCAGACAUCGUGUUCCUGGUUGAUGGCUCCUCCAGCAUCGGCAUCAGUAACUUUCGGGAAGUUCGCCAGUUUCUCCGAAGCGUUGUCACAGGCCUUGACAUUGGCCCUGACAAAGUUCGGAUUGGCUUGGCACAGUACAGCGAUGAACCUCACCAGGAGUUCCUGCUGAAGGAUCACAUGGACAAGAAUUCCCUGCUGGCUGAGUUGGACAGAUUUCCCUACCGCUCAGGAGGCACAGAAACGGGCAAGGCCAUCGACUUCCUCCUUACGCAGUACUUCACCAAAGAGGCAGGUAGCCGAGCCGGCCAACGAGUUCCUCAGAUUGCUGUGGUCAUCACAGAUGGGGACUCUGUGGAUGAUGUUACAGCACCUGCCCAGCGCCUGAGGAAGCAUGGAGUCGUAGUGUUCGCCAUUGGGGUUGGACAAGCUAACUUGAACGAGCUCAAGUCCAUCGCUAACCGGCCUCUGGAGCGCUUCCUGUUCACCAUUGACAGCUAUCAGGCUUUGCAGAGGCUGACGGAGGGUCUGCUGCAGACGGUGUGUGUUUCCGUGGAGGAUCUGAAGCAAGCCUUGGCCGAAAGGUUUGCAGACAUUUUCUUUCUGGUGGACAGUGGUGUGUCACUGGCAGACUUCCAACAGGUCAGGAACGUCCUCACCCGACUGGUCAACCAACUUAACAUUGGAGCGUCUGCCCACCGUCUGGGCUUGGCCCAGUACGGUCAAGAUGUAAAGGUUGAAUUUCUUCUUAAUGCUCACCAAACCAAAGAGGAAACCCAGAACUCUGUUAGGCGUUUCCGCCAACGCAGACUGCAGCCUAACGAGCCUCGUAACUUGGGUGGUGCCUUACAUUACGCCAGCACUAACUUUUUCACUACUGAGGCGGGAAGCCGUGCAGACGAAGGCUACCGACAAUACCUGGUUGUUAUAAGUGGGAAAGAUUCAGAUGAUCCCCUCUAUAGGGAGUCACGUCUGAUCAAAUCGUUAGGAAUAACUGUGGUUGGAAUAAGCCUUGGUGCUUCAUUGACGGAGAUGCGUCUCAUAGCUUCUGCACCGUUCAUAUAUCAGACUCUGAGCAAUGCUACACCAACACUGAGGGCUGUUUUCGAAACAGAGGAAGAGCAGACGGCUCUUACUGGAGAUUGCAAAGCAGCCAAACUGGCAGACAUUGUGUUCAUUGUUGAUGAGUCUGGAAGCAUCGGAACCACAAACUUCCAAAUGGUGCGCACUUUCCUGCACUCGAUUGUGAGCGGCCUGGAGGUCAGUCCAGCUAGAGUCAGAGUGGGCAUCGUGAUGUAUAACGACAGACCCACAGCUCAGGUCUACCUCGACUCCUUCACUGACAAGAAUGAACUGCUGAAGUUCAUCAAAAUCCUGCCUUAUCGUGGAGGUGGUACGAACACUGGAGCUGCCCUAAACUUCACCCAGGAGAAUGUUUUUAUCAAGCAAAGAGGAAGCAGGAAAGAAAAAGGCAUCCAGCAGGUGGCGGUGGUGAUCACAGACGGCGAAUCCCAGGAUGAUGUGAGCACAGCAGCAGCUUAUCUCCGUCGGGCUGGUGUCACAGUUUAUGCCGUAGGAGUCAAAGAUGCCAACGAGGUUCAGUUGAAACAGAUCGCAUCUUAUCCCACCAAUAAGCACAUGUUUAUUGUUGACAGUUUUUCCAAGCUGAAAUCGCUGGAGCAGAGCAUACAGAAAGUUAUGUGUCUUAACAUCCUUCGGCAAGCAGUCACAAUCACUACAAGAAGAACUGGCAUCAAAGAAGGCUGCAUACAAACAGAUGAAGCAGAUAUCUUCUUCCUAAUUGAUCACUCAGGAAGCAUCUACCCCACUGACUUCCAUGACAUGAAGAAGUUUAUUAUUGAGUUCCUGCAUACCUUUCGAAUUGGGCCACAACAUGUCCGCAUGGGGGUUGCAAAAUAUGCAGAUUCACCAAACUUAGAAUUUGAUCUGACAACCUACAUAGAUGCAAAGACAUUGGAGAAAGCUGUAGAAAGUAUUAAGCAAUUUGGAGGCGGGACAGAGACAGGAAGAGCACUGGACUUUAUGGGCCCACUCUUUGAAAGAGCAAUGGCCACUCGUGGUCACAAAGUCCCGGAGUACCUGGUGGUCAUCACUGAUGGAAAAUCUUCCGAUGAGGUCAGGAUUCCUGCAGAAAAACUGAGGGAGCAAGGUGUCAUUGUUUAUGCCAUCGGAGUGAAAAAUGCAGAUGAAGAAGAGCUGCGAGAGAUUGCUGGUAAUCCGAAGAGGACUUUCUUUGUCAAUAAUUUUGAUGCUCUGAGGCCCAUCAAGGAUAACAUCAUCACAGACAUCUGUUCUCAAGACGCUUGCAAAGACAUUCCGGGCGACCUCCUUUUCUUGGUUGACAGCUCUGGGAGCAUAUAUCCAGAUGACUACCAGAAAAUGAAAGACUUCAUGAAAUCUGUCAUUAACAAGUCUGUCAUCGGGCAGAAUGAGGUUCAUGUUGGUGUCAUGCAGUUCAGCACCGUCCAACAGCUAGAAUUUCCCCUCAACCGAUACUACAGCAAGGAUGACAUGUCCAGGGCCAUUGAUGGUAUGCAGCAGAUUGGCGGAGGCACCCUCACGGGUGAAGCCAUCAAAGAUGUAUCGAAGUAUUUUGAUGCAUCCAGGGGAGGACGUCCAGAAAUGAGGCAGAGGCUGGUAGUCAUAACAGAUGGCGAGGCCCAAGAUGAAGUCAAAAAUCCCGCUGGGGCUCUGAGAGCCAAGGGGGUGGUGGUCUAUGCCAUUGGAGUGGUGGAUGCCAACACCACCCAGCUGCUAGAGAUCAGCGGUUCACCAGACAGGAUGUAUGCUGAGAGGGACUUUGACGCCCUGAAGGACUUGGAGAGCCAGGUGGCCAUGGAGCUCUGUGAUCCGGACAGAGAUUGUAAGAAGACAGAAAAAGCUGACAUAAUUUUCCUGGUGGAUGGCUCCACAAGCAUAACCCUGAGCAAGUUCAGAAGUAUGCAGAAGUUUAUGGAGUCAAUGGUGAACCAAACCACAGUUGGAAAGGACCUGACUCGCUUUGGGGUCAUUCUCUACUCCACCAACCCCAACUCAAUUUUCACCCUGAAGGAGUAUGACUCCAAACGUGACGUUCUUAAAGCAAUAUCAGCACUGAAGUCCCCGUAUGGAGACACCUACACUGGCAAAGCUUUGGCCUACUCUUUGGAGUUCUUUAAUGAAAAACAUGGUGGUCGGGCGACUCUCCAGGUGCCACAGAUUCUCAUGGUGAUCACAGACGGUGACGCUACCGACCGUAACAACCUUGUAGCGCCCUCUCUGGCCCUGCGGGACAAAGACAUUAGGGUCUUCAGUAUCGGAGUUGAAGGAGCCAACAAGACACAGCUGGAGAUAAUGGCUGGUGGUGACACAUCCAGAGUUUUCUAUGUGGACAAUUUUGACGCUUUGGAAACUCUGUACAAAAAUAUUAGUCAUGUCCUCUGCAACUCCACCAAGCCAAUUUGUGAAAAACAGAAGGCUGACCUGGUUUUCCUACUCGAUCAGUCCGGCAGCAUCAACUCAAAUGACUACAUCACCAUGAAGAAGUUCACGACAGAAAUAGUAAACAGCUUCAAAGUCAGCGAGGAUUUAGUGCGUAUAGGACUUGCUCAGUUCAGCAGCACUUUUCAGAAAGAGUUUUACCUUAACCAGUUCUACACCGAGCAAGCCAUCAACAAGCACAUCUUGAGUAUGCAGCAGCUUGGUGGAGGCACCAACAUUGGAGAGGCCCUCGAUUCCAUCCGGGAUUAUUUUGAGGUGUCACGGGGCAGUCGACGGUCUGCUGGGAUCUCUCAGAAUCUGGUAUUGAUCACAGAUGGUGAAUCACAGGACGAUGUGGAGGAUGCAGCCGACCGUCUGAGAGCUCUGGGCGUUGAGGUGUUUGCCAUCGGCAUUGGAGACGUCCAUGAUCUCGAGCUCCUGCAGAUUACUGGCACCCCAGAGAGGCUGUUUACUGUACAGAACUUUGGCAGCUUGGAAAAGAUCAAGCAAAAGGUGGUUGACACAGUCUGCAAAUCCAAACUCAUCCCAGAUCGUCCUGACUGCAGCAUUGAUAUCGCCAUGGGAUUCGACAUUUCUCGAACCAGAGCUGCUGGUGAGAUGCUGGUCAGUGGCCACACCAAGCUCCAGACCUUCCUGCCAGAGAUCGCCCAUUAUGUUUCCUCGGUACAAGGCCUGUGCUGCACUGGUCCUGCACCCGUCAAAACCAACAUCGCCUACCGAGUAGCAGAUCGUAAUGGACGUCCUUUGUAUGACUUCAACUUUGAGGACUACAGUGAAGAAGUGGUGAGGAAAGUCAUGACGCUGUCUUUGACGGAGCCCACUUACUUCAACACUGCCCUGCUAAAAUCCUUUGGGGAGAAGUUCAAGGCCGAGUCCAGAGCCGGUGUGAAGGUGCUGGUGGUCUUCUCAGAUGGGCUUGACGAGGACGUGAUGAAACUGGAACAGGAGUCCGAGCUGCUGCGACAGUCUGGCGUCAACGCUCUGCUGACGGUGGCUCUGGAGGGAGUGCGUGAUCCUGCCCAGCUGCAGAUGGUAGAGUUCGGUCGAGGAUUCGGCUACAAACUUCCUCUCAGCAUCGGCAUGCCGAGCGUCGGCAGCACCGUCCUCAAACAGAUUGACACAGUGUCAGACAGGGAGUGCUGCGGCGUCAUGUGCAAAUGUUCAGGUCACGAAGGCGUCCGUGGCUCUCGGGGCUCCCCGGGCUCAAAGGGUGUGUCUGGACAGAAGGGUUACCCAGGCUUCCCAGGAGAGGAGGGCGUCGCUGGCGAGCGGGGGCGUCCCGGGCCGAGCGGACCUCAGGGCGUGCAGGGUUGUUCUGGGCUCAGAGGACCAAAGGGCUACCGAGGCCUCCGGGGAAACCGGGGCGAUGACGGAGAAGAUGGCCUUGACGGAGUGGACGGAGAACAGGGAGUGACGGGAAAAGAUGGAAGUCGAGGAGAGAGAGGACACCCAGGAAACCCUGGUAUCCCAGGUAUCAGAGGGGAGGCGGGGCCAAAAGGACAGCGAGGACUGAGAGGAGAUCCGGGUGAGCCGGGUGCUGAUAACAUCGUCCCCGGGGCCAAAGGAGAACCUGGCAACCCAGGCUUACCGGGAGCACCUGGACAGGACGGGCGGCCAGGUGAGAGUGGAAUCGUCGGGAACACGGGUCCAGGUGGAAGAAGAGGGUCACUCGGUGAGAAGGGUGCACCUGGACAGCCAGGAGCUCCAGGAGUCCCCGGCAGCCCAGGUGCUUCAGGUCCACAGGGUCCCAGAGGGGUCAGAGGUCAACCAGGGCAAAGAGGAAUCCCCGGCCUUCCUGGACCUCAGGGUGGACCGGGACCAGCCGGAGCGCUGGGAGCAGCCGGACGCCGCGGAGCCAACGGGCAGAAGGGCCAACCGGGGGAUCCAGGUGAUAAAGGUGCUCCAGGACCACAGGGACCUCGAGGGAUGGCGGGUCAGGACGGCAGAGACGGUCACGGACCUGCAGGACCUAAAGGCGUCAAGGGAGAUCCUGGUUUCCCGGGUUACCCCGGUCUACUGGGUGAAGACGGCCUGCAGGGACCCAAAGGAUACCCGGGACAUAAAGGGAACCGAGGUCGACCCGGAAACUCAGGCGGGCCGGGAGAAUCAGGCGUGCCUGGAGAGUCAGGAUAUCCAGGGCACAGAGGUCUCCGAGGUCCUCCUGGAGGCAAAGGCAUGACUGAGUGCCAGCUGAUCACAUACAUCCGAGACCACUGCGCUUGCUCCAUUGACCGGUCAGAGUGCCCGGCCUUCCCCACCGAGCUGGUGUUUGGUCUGGACAUGUCCGAGGACGUGACCCCGGCGGCCUUUGAGAGGCAGCGCUCCGCCCUCCUCUCCCUGCUGGAGGACAUCACCAUCGCUGAGAGCAACUGUCCAACGGGCGCUCGCGUCGCUGUGGUGGGUUACAGCACAUACACCAAGUACCUGAUCCGCUUCCAGGACUACCGCCUCAAGAAAGAGCUGAUUGAAUCUGUGAAGAACAUCGCCUUGGAGAGGACGUCCAACCGACGCCAGCUGGGGGCCGCCAUGCGCUUCGUGGGUCAGAACGUCUUCAAGCGGGUCCGAGCAGGACUGAUGAUGAGGAAGGUGGCCGUCUUCCUUUCUAACGGACCUACACAGGAUGUGAAUGACAUCGUCACAGCAGUCAUGGAGUAUCGUGGCCUGAACAUCGUCCCAGCAGUCGUCUCUCUGAGGAACGCUCCUGCUAUUGGUCGAGCAAUGGAGGUCGACGACUCGGGAAACUCCAUCUUCACGGUGCUGGGGAGGGACAUGGCUGCUGACCUGAGGAAGGUCAGGAACUGUGCCAUCUGUUACGAUCCCUGCAAACGUUUGGAGCAGUGCGCCUUCAUCCAGGACGUCCCAAAGCCUCAGGAGGUUGACAUGGACCUGGUCAUGGUGGUGGACAGCUCCAGGGAGGUGCAGACUGAUGAGUACGCAGGUGUCCAGCAGCUGCUGGGCUCUGUGGUGGAACAACUGGCCGUGAGCCCACAGCCCCGCAGGGCCGGCAACCAGGCCCGGGUGGCCGUAGUCCAGCAGGGCGGCACCCAGGGUACCAAGCUGGAGUUUGGCCUGCAGAACUACCAGUCCCACGACCCGAUGAAGACGCACCUGAUCCAGAACAUGCGGCAGCAGGGCGGCUCCUCGGCGCUGGGACAGACGCUGGAGUUCGGUCUGAGGGAGGUGCUCCUGAAGGCCAGCCAGCCCCGCAGGAAGAGGGUGCUGCUGUCUGUGGUGGGCACCCAGACGGCCUACGAGGACCGAGCCAAGCUGCACUACAUCUCCCAGAAGGCCAAGUGUGAGGGGGUGGCGCUGUUUGUGGUGACGGUCGGCGAUCGCUACAACCGGACGCAGGUGGAGGAGCUGGCCAGUCUGCCCGUGCAGCAGCACCUGAUCCACGUGGGCAGACUGAAGGCCGACGAGCAGGGCUACGCCCAGCGCUUCUUCAGGGUCUUCCUCACUGCCUUCAACAAGGAGAUCAACUUGUAUCCUCCUCCUUCUUUGAAACGGAAGUGUGAUCAGCUGAAAGACCAGGAUGGAGGACAAAUAUUCAUAAACGGUCAGGGGCCGGCGGUGGUGCUGGAGGAGGAGUUUGCCGAGGAGGUGGAGGAGAGGUUUGAGGAGCAGACAGGAGGGGGGACUCAGACCGGCCAGCUGGACAUCAUCGAGUCUCUGAGCAGAGGAGACCGUCACACAUUCGUCCACGAGGCUAACGCCCAGUGUCAGCUGGGGGCUGAUGCUGGCAUCCAGUGUGCCGACUAUGUCCAGCUGUGGUUCUUUGACAAAGACGCCGGUGCAUGCUCUCCCUUCUGGUAUGGCGGCUGCGGCGGUAACGCCAACCGCUUUAACACGGAACGUGAAUGUUUGUGGACCUGUGGCAACCACUAUCCAAACAUCCUGCUGAAGCCUGAGCUGACCAGCUUCGCCUCCAAAGACGCCUGCUUCCUCAGCCAGGACCCGGGCAGCUGCCAGAACUACACCAUGAUGUGGUUCUUCGACUCCGAACAGAGCGAAUGCUCUCGUUUCUGGUACGGCGGCUGCGGCGGCAACGGCAACCGCUUCAAGACGCAGGAGGAGUGCGAGAACCUCUGUCUGACCAAGAGUCGGUGAGGACGCCGCCGGGGCGGCCCGAGAGUCACUGCCGAGGCAGCAGAAACCUUCGAGAACACGCCUGUCUUCAAGGAAAAUGCCCAGGCUUCCAAACCAUUCAAAAAGCUUUAUCGACAGCUGGGACAGCAAACACUUAGACGCCUUCAGGAAACACUGCUCUGACCCCGAGCAGCUGCCCUUAGUUUUCUUUCUUGAACGUGCAUGUUUUGUUACUUCCCUCACAGUAUUUCUUUACAGCCCUUCGCCAUUUUACAAAAGAAACCAUUGGACGCUGAUCAAACAUGUCGGACGCUGGUCAGAGGCUUUCAGGUUCACAUCAGCUUGUUUGUGUGAAGCUCAGAAACGUUAAAAUGUGUUCAUGUGAAUGAGUUCCAGUUGAUUCAGUAACAAAACCUUUCAGUUUUCAUGGCUUUUGUGCUAAUUUCUUUUUAUUUUAGUUCCAGACUGUUUUCAGAUCAGCUUGUGUCGUAGCCGUUUGUAAUUCGGCCCGUUUCCAACACAAGAGAAAAAGUCAGAGUUUACUUUGAGAGCUUUGGUUCGUCAGCAUGUUUUAAUGGACGACCUGGAAGGCGUGACGUCGGCCUGAACGCACACGCUCCACACUGAUUGGUCGCUUUCCUUGUGACCAAGCACGCUACGAGCGUCCUCCAGAAGGUUUUACAGCCGAUCUCGAGGCAGAAGCAAUCGGAAAUGUUCCCAAACUGAAUCAGGCUUCGUUUUCCAAACAUUUCAAACACCAAAACUGCUCGACAAAACUUUCAAAGUAAGACGCAGACUUUUCCUGUGAGCCGUCGAUCAAACUGAGCGGCGUUCAGACGUUCUCGUCUGCUCGGUGAUUUACUCCACAAAUGUAAACACAUGCCUGAAGAGGCUGCGGAGCAGCUCGAGUCCCAGUUUGAGCCUUAAAAGGCCUUGAACUCGGCUCUCUGCUCCGAACCGCUUCAGCCUGUGUCCCCGUCUGUCCAUCUGGACGGGGACGUCACUGCCUGUGGUUUAUCAAAGCCAACGAUGGUGCUUCAUGUAAGAAACAAUAAAGAAUUAAAGAAA